ACCCACCAACCAACCACUUCUUCUCAAGCUAAGGUCCUCCUCACACGAACAAAAUUCUCUUAGAUUCCAUGAAUUUCCAUCCAUUCUUCCCCUUUGAUUGCUUCAAGAAUUAGUCUACCACCAUUUCCCUUCAAUUUUUCCUACAGAUGGAUGUCCUCAAUGCAGCAGGAGUAUCACCUAUCUCACUUGCCAAGCAUCCAGACAGAAAAAAGUCUUUCCCUUUCAAGUUCCCAAAACCCACAACCUCUGAAUCCUUGGCCUUAAGAUUUGGUAGUGGAUUAGCACUGCUAAAUCUUUCAUAUUCAGCUAAGGCUUUGACUUAUGAGGAAGCUCUUGGGCAGCAGAUUGUGGGCAGCAGUUCAUUCGAUUUUGAUAUUUGGCAACAGAUUGUGGGCAGCAGUUCAUCCGAUUUUGAUAUUGGGCAGCUUCUUGAUGAAGUCAUCAAGUUUGCAGUUGAAAACCCUGCAAUUGUUGCUGGAGGCACCAUUGGUUUGGCACUGCCAUUGAUUUUGUCUCUAGUUUUUAAGGGGUCUAAGGCUUGGGGUAUUGAGUCUGCCAAGAUUGCCUAUUCCAAACUGGCUGGAGAGGGGGAAACUCAGUUGCUUGAUAUAAGGGAACGCAAGGAUUUUAAUGAAGUAGGAAUCCCAGAUCUUCGAAGCUUAAAGAAAAAGGCGGUUUUGAUUAACUAUAGAGAGGAUGACAAGCCAGCGUUCUUGAAGAAGCUUGCUUUGAGGUUUAAGGACCCUGCCAAUACCACAUUGUUUGUUCUUGACAAGUUUGAUGGGAAUUCUAAAUUGGUUGCGGAGUUAGUGACGGCGAAUGGAUUUAAAGCUGCUUAUGCUAUAAAAGAUGGUGUAGAGGGACCUCGAGGAUGGCUGAAAAGUGGGCUUCCUUGGUCACCUCCUAAGAAAGGAAUUAAUAUUGAUUUUAGUAAUUUGACAGACGCCAUCAGCAGUGCAGUUGGAGAAGAUAUUGAUGGUCUCCCUGUUGCUCUUGGGUUAGCAGCUGCAAGUGGCUUAAGUCUUUUGGCAUUUUCAGAGAUUGAAUCUGUUCUCCAGCUUUUGGGCUCUGCUGCAUUGGUUCAGUUUAUCACCAAGAAACUUUUGUUUGCUGAAGAUCGGAAGGUCACUCUCAAACAAAUGGAUGAGUUCUUCAAUACAAAGGUUGCUCCAAAAGAGCUUGCCAAUGAGAUAAAGACGAUCGGAAAGGCUCUGCUACCAGUGUCUACUGUGUCAGCUUUGGCAUCUUCUUCACAACAAGAGAAUCCUAUAGUUAGUGAUACAAAGGUAGUGAAUUCAGUUCCCACCGAAAUCGAAGAAGAAUCACCUCCUGCCCCUCCGCGGCCACAAUAUCUAUCACCUUACCCAUCUUAUCCAGAUUUUAAACCACCAUCUUCACCGAGCCCGUCUCCACCUUAGAGUUGUUGUUCAUUGCGUCAGUUUUGCAAAAUAACAGUGUUUCUCUUGCUUGCACUGAAGGAAUGCCAAGCUUCUGCUUUUACUACUCUCUGUAAUGAGUUAGAAUUCCUUUAUUUGAUAAUUUGUUUUUUUUUUAGUUUUUGAUGUAAAUUUUUUAGCGUCAAUGGUGCUAGUUAUUGUAAUGAAAAUUUUAAUGGAGGUUAUAAUAGAACGAGUUGAAGCUCAGGUUAUAAUA